GGAAUCGUUUUUGUAGGAAUCAGCAUAUCAAAUAAUCUCCUUCAUUCCUCUUUUUUUGGAAAAACCAGCAUGUCUUCCUCCAGAUUGGGGCUCCGUUUGGCUGCCUGUUUACUAAACAUCUCAGAAGCCAGGAGGAAACACGUUGUUGAGAACAUCGCAAAAGCAGCUCUUCUUGGGGAAAAUGGGAAGAAACGUCCUGAAGUAUCAGUGCUCAAUAUAUUUUCUGAUCAAGACUACAACAGAUCAGUCAUUACCAUCGCAGCUUCUGUUGAUGAAUUAAACCAUGCUGUCCUGGCUGCCUGCAUGGAGGCCUUCCGGUCUAUCGACAUGGAGGCUCAAGAGGGGAUCCACCCGUGUUUGGGAGCCGUGGACCUGAUCCCCAUUUACCCGCUCGCCGGCGUGGGAGUGGAAGAGUGUGGAGCUAUGGCCAGAACUCCCCGGGAAAGGUCUACCUUGAGGACGUGUCUGAACAGCCUGGCCGAGACCCUCAUCCUGCGUGUCCCCGGCAGCAGCGUGUUUCUCUUCGGCGAGGCCGAUCUGCCCGAGAAGCGCCCCCUGGUCCAGAGAAGGAAGCAGCUGGGCUGGUUCGCGAGGAGGGAUCUCGGUGCCCUGGAACCCGACCUGGGAGCCGCACCGGCCCGAAGACGUGGCUUAACAGGCGUCGGCGCCAGCCCGUAUGUGAUGAACUGCAAUGUGACCAUAGACUCUCAGGACUUGGCCUUGGGAAAGGAAAUUGCUGGUGCCAUUCGGGGCUCAAAUGCGAGUGGACUGAAGGGCGUCCAAGCGAUGGCUUUUCCCCAUGAAGGGAAAAUUGAGAUAGCUUGCAACGUGGAGAGUUUUGAAGACCAAGGAAGGGAGACGAACCAGAAUCCGGAGGAGCUGUUCCCAGGUGGGGUGUACUUGUGUACGAAGUACCUGCACCCCCUGGUGCAAGGGCUGUGGGCCUUCGUGCUGGCUGAUGGCUUCAGCUGCUGCCGCCCAGGGCUGUCUCAGGACAAGCUGAAGACCCCGCUGUAG